ACAGGAAAACUGCAUAAUUUAUAGACGGAUUUAAGAGUUGGUCUCCAAAAAUGAAUGCAUAUUAUCCCUAAAAUCCGGCUGAAAUCGACAAUGCAACCAUUGAUACAGCUGAUACCCUCCCAUUUAAAUCCCACCCAUGUCCGCUCUUUUGUCUGCAGACGCAGCCGGCGAAUGUGCGCCGCAGCCGGGACAUUUCUACAAAGAUCCAUCCUCACCUCCAACAGACGAGGCGACCACCGGGCACACGGGCUGGACCGAAGGGAGGGGGAAAAAAACCAGUGAAAUGAAUAGCAGUGAUCCCGCCUCCCAACCUCUGUCAGACCAAUCCAGGACCCCUCACUGCUGUCAUGUGAACAGCCGCCGACUGAGGAAGGAAACAUCAGGGUUUUCCCCAGCUGGACACCAUAGUAAUGCGCACAAUGAAAAGUAAAGCUCUUAGAACUCAGGAGCUUUCUCAAAAGAAGAAUGAACUCAGCCAACACAUCAAAGUGUGUAGAGCCACCAUUGCUGAGAAGAAAUUGUACAUUGAAACAACACAGAAAGAGAUCAAGAGACUGGACGAGGAAAUCAGUGUGAAGCAGAACUCUGACAAGCACAAUAAAGAAACUGCAAAAUGCCUGAGGGCGUUGAACACCCUGCUCCUUCAGUAUGAGAACACACUGAAAGCAGAACUGGAAAGUAAGAAAGCCAGUUACUGCAAUGACAAGGAUGUCUAUGAAGAGAGAAUUGCAAGCUACAGAGCGACAUUUCAGUCACAUAAAGAAUAUUAUCUCCAAAAUCCUCUGGCUCAGAAGCUCCUCAUGGCGCAAGCUGAAAAAGAGGAAAUUGAGUGUCGGCUCAAGAUUUGUGAUGAUCAAAUAACAAUGAAACAGAUAGAGCUGGACCGCCUCACUGAUCCAAAAGUUGCUUGUUGUUCCACUGAGGAUCUCCCUGACAGUGUUUAUGUGCAGCAGCCCACAACAGAACAAGAGGAACAAUUAGAUGUUCAGGAAAAGGUGGACUGUGAUAUGUCUAUUGACCUUACCUCUCUGAAACUCGACCAGUCAAGGAAUGGUCAGGCAAAUUCAGAAGAGAUUCCAGAUGAAAAUCCUCUUCAGGAUCAGGCCUCUGAUCCUGCCUCACAGACAUCUUGCACAGAGCUGUGGUCCAGCCCGCAGUCGGAUGAGCAAAGUCAGUCAGCUGAAAGACACUUUGAAGAUCAAGAUCAGAUCGCGUCACAACUGAAGGACAAUUUGGAGCAGCAGUCCACUGUAUCUUAUGACCAGGAGGCUGUGGAGAAGCAAAGCGGUGCCACUGGUGAAGAGCCGGCACACAGCAAAGACCGCAGCGAGGAGCCUGCCGUUUUUCCUUCGACACCAUCUCAAGAAACUAAUGUUCAUUCUUUUUUGGCAAAAAUGACACCUGUGUCAUCAACCUCAACUUCCCCAUUAAACCUCAGCCCCAGCAGCUCCCCACGUCAAGGCACUUCUGAGACCAAAUCCCCAUAUUUCUUGUUCUCUUCAAACUCCAAUCCCAGCACUCCAGGCUUUGCUGGGUUUGGAUUUGAACAAGGUUCAUCACAGGAGGAGGAAUCACCUUUUGCUUUCACCGGCUCUCUUUUCACUGAGAAGAAAACCACUGAAUCAAAGUCUCCAGGAUGCCCUGAAUUCCUGUUUGGCCAACCAGAGCAAAGUGAAGACUUCCAGUUUGAUUUUGCCUCUGAAAGCCCGCAGGCAGCUAAGAAAGGAGACAGCAGGCAGGAUUUUCCAUUUUCCUUCAACUUCUGAAAGUUCCACAAAAGAAACCCCAGAAAAUAUCUGAGAUGUUGAACUUGGUUUGUUCGGUAGAUUCCUCGUCAGUGCCGUUCUUGUUCAGUGGGUAGUGAGGUUUGCUUAGAAUUACAUGGCAGGUGUAAAUUGUUCUUUCACGUUCAGAGAAGCGUUUGCCAUUUGGGUUGAAGGUCAUUUUACUGAAGGCGGGGACAUAAGCAUCACAAUACACAACAUAAAUUCUUAUUCCGUUUAGCUCCUUUAGUUAUGAAGUUAAUACAAGUUAAAAUGAAAUGCACAUCGAUGCUUUGUGUUUCAGUGUUUUAAAAAAAAAAGUUUCAGUGUUUCAAACACAGCAUAUAAAAAAAUUAAAUUAACACCACGCCGGUCCAUCGAGUCACAGAAUCACAAUCCGACUUUAAGACUUUUAGGUAUUUAUAGAAUGUUUCAAACUGACAGCCAGACUCUUGCAUUCACUGAGUAGUUUGAUUUUUUCUUGUGAAUGGCAGGUGUUAAUAAAAAGAUCGCAUUCACGUUA